AUUUGAGGAAUCAACAUCGACAAAUUUCUCUUCUCCAUGUUGUAACCCAUAACUUCAUCACACAAACUACAGCAUACGUUCUUUUCUAAUGGCCUGUUCAAUGCUUUUAUCAUUUAAAAUAAUUUUAUGACACACGCCCACUUCUGACAUAUUCGAAUGCGCCCAUCAAUUCUAUAAACGACAUUAAACUUGAGAAGGUACACCAGUACACCUCAAUUCGGCACCAUGGGACUUGAUCGCGGUCAGCGGCGGGUUUUCCUCUUUCUAGUCGUCACUGGUCUUAUAAUCCUUCUCUUCAAUCUUUCCAUGCUCUCUGGCACAGAUGUGCAAUCAAAUGUGAAAAAGAUCCCUAUACCAGGUUUGAAAAAUAAGCCACAGCCUGAUGUUAGUAUUUUCUGCGCCUCUACCAAAACAAACUCCCCUGACUUGGCUAAUUUUAUCUUCCGUAGUCCACAAAAUCGCCCUCGUCGCAUCAAGGUCAAGAGGUGGUGGGUGUGAUUGCAGACCAACAUCCCAUAGCUGCACUUAUGAAAGAGGCGGAUGAAGCAUUUCGAGUUUAUGACGAAAGCAGAUCGAAAACUUUCAAGGAGACUGUUUCGAAAUAUAGAAGGAAACAUGGAAGGCAUCCACCGCCCAAAUUCAAGGAGUGGUAUAAAUAUGCUCGGGAUAGGAAGAUCUAUAAUAUUGAUGAUUUUAAUCAAGUUAUGGAUGACCUACGUCCAUUUUGGGGAGUCGAUCCCGCUAUUAUUCGAUCUCAAGCGGCACAUCUCCAUGCCAAUCAUGAUGACGGAAUUUCUGGAAUCCACAUACGAUCUGGGAAAGUUUGGAAGUUGAGCAAUGAAAAUUGGAGGGCAGAGACUAUGCGAGAUAUGAUUGAGCCCUUUGUCCAAUACCUGCCGGAUAUGGAUAUUGCCAUGAACAGGUUAGACCAACCACGACUAGCGAUACCAUGGAAUGAUUUGCAAGCUCUACUUGCCAAUGAAACUGCAAGUAGACUUAUGUUGCCGGAAGCUGUCGCUGAUUUCACUAAAAAUAUGUCUGGGCUGUGGCAAAAGGGCGCAUCCUUAUUUAAUGAAGGGGAGACUGAACCUCUGUUGAAAGACCCAGAGUGGUUCAGAGCACCUGGUCAGCAAUAUAUGUUGAUUGCAAAAGAAGCCUGCCCACCGGAAUCUCAUGCCCGAGAGUCACUGUCUCAAUCCGCUGCAGAGGCCACCUAUAAAAGUUCAGAGGGAGGAUUUAUUACAAAUUUCAAUCUUUCUUCUGAUCUCUGCACAAUCGGCCCUGAAGUUCAAGAUUUGCAUGGGUUUUUAUAUGCAAGCAGCACAGUAACGGCCAGCAAGCUUCCACUACCUGUAUUUGGAGAAUGUAAAGUGAAUAUCAAUAAUGAUAUUCUAUUUCCUGCGAACAAAUACUACGAGUAUGAUGAUGCUAGAUAUGCCUACAACCCGGCGGGUGACGUAGGAUGGGACGACAAGGAGGAUAAUAUGAUUUGGAGGGGUGUCACUUCUGGCGGGACUAAUACAGCAGAAACUUGGAAGAGGAUGCAUCGUCAAAGACUAGUUUUACUCACCAACGGGACUGUUAUGAAAGAUACGAAUGUGGAGAUUAUGGCCAUGGAUCCGAACAAUCCAGGUACAUACAAACCUUAUGACCAAUUUCAACCUAGCGAAUUUGCCACAAAAUAUACGGAUGCGGGCUUCACUGAGCCCGCUUCCUGUGUACCAAACUGUAGCUUUUACGACGAUGUAUGGACCUACAAGCCUGGUGUGGAACUUACCAACCAAUUUAAGAAUAAAUAUCUCAUCGACGUUGACGGCCAUUCGUUCUCCGGCCGUUGGCACGCAUUUCUCAAAAGCAAGGGACUGGGUAUCAAAAGUACCAUAUUCAGGGAAUGGCAUGAUAGUCGGUUAUUUGCAUGGAGGCAUUUUGUUCCACUAGAUAACCGAUACGACGAAUUGUAUAGUAUCCUCACCUAUUUUAUUGGAUUGGGAGAUGCAAACUCGAAAGGCAAAGAUGGGAAGCCUUAUGUACAAAGACAUGAUUUCGAGGCGAGAAAGUUAGGAAGACAAGGAAGAGAAUGGGCGAAUAAGGUUUUGAGAAAAGAGGAUAUUGAGGUGAGUUUAAUCCGUCAGCUGGACGCAAGCCAUAGUGGAUGGAUGGUGCUAAUCGAAGAAAAACAUAGAUCUAUCUCUUCAGACUUCUAAUUGAAUACGCCCGUAUAAUUGACGAUAAUCGCGAUACGAUAGGGUAUUCUGGGGAUGGUAGUGAGUUGGUCAAGUACGAUGAUCAAAAUCCGUUUCCAGAGCAAGUUGAGUAAUGAGGAAAAUGAAUUGAAAAAAGCAUUUGCAUGAGCGUGGCGUUUGGGGAAGGGGGGGUUUUUUUUCUCUCCUAUAACAGGGAAAGCGAGGACUUGGGGGUUUUGUGAGAAUGGACGAAUCAUACAUUGUAUAUCAAACGCGUAUACUAAAUGUAUAUUAUGUCAAGAAAAUUGAUAAAGGAUGGCGCUUAAGAUCGAUACCUCCUGCAUUAGAUCUAUUCUUUUAAUUAUAUAUCUACUUAGAACCAAUUCCAUAGCUU